AGUGCACUCAAUGCCGCCGGCCGGCGAACACGCGUCGCGUAGAACCGCACAAUAAAUAACAAAUUUAUUUACAGGCCAUUAUACAAAUCAAUUAUACAAGAAUAGUAAAUAAGACUGUAUCGUCGACAAUAAAUAGUGAUAGAAUCAAUAAGAUGUAAUAAAAAGUGAAUGGUUGUGUUGUGAUGUAAGCUAAAAGUGAAAGUUUGGUGUUAGUGCGCGUAACGGAACUGCGCUGAGUUAACGCGUUGCGCGCUGUCAACGAAUAAUAGUGACAUUGCCGCCAAAAUUGACGUCAAAUUAAGAAAAAUAAUGUGAAAUAAAAGAAUACAGAGUUAUAAUCCGAUCUGAUGGUUAAAACCCUCAUUGAACUAAAACGCACAUAUUGCACAAAAAUAAACAGCAACCUUCCACAUAAACCUUCGGAAAAGGUUCGGAAGAGGAGCAUUCGCUUGAGAAAUUAGAACGCGGCGCGUGUUGAUUGUGGACAGAGUCCCACCAAAACAGCUGUCAAGCUGUCAAAUUACAAAUAAGGUUGCAGACCAAGGAGUUUGGAGCAAGGAGGUUUUACAUCGCAAUAUAUCGAGAUAGCCGCCCCCGGCGCCCGGCCAAUGACGCCUCGGGUUACGCCCCCGUGCGGGUCGCCGCUCUUCGGGCUGCUUCUUAUACUCAGUGCGGCUCUGAUAGAAUGCCGCCGGCCGGAGCCUUACUACGGGCGAAUCAUUGGGCGCCUAACUCAAUACGCUCACGGCAUCAGAGGCACAGUAUAUGCCGUAGAUGAGAACACCGUAUUCAUCAGAGGCUUCGCGUACGAUGGCACCGGGCCUGACGCGUACUUCUGGAUCGGGGACACGCCACAACCCUCGCCUGAGGGCAUUUUGGUGCCCUACCCUGAAGACUAUCCGAGCAGAGAUCCACCCGUGCUAUCGGCACACAGUAAUUCUGACAUUCUACUGAGGUUACCUGGCGGAAAACGCCUUAGGGACAUCAAGUGGAUCAGCGUUUGGUGUCGAAGGUUUACGGUCAACUUCGGCGAUGUUUUCAUUCCUCCCGGGCUGGAUCCUCCCCGGCCGCGAGUGUUGCCAGAAUUCAAACGGCUCGCACACGGGCUGCGCUCUGGCAACAUCUCAAUAUUGGCUCUAUAAUAUAUUUACCAUCUAUAGGGCUUUAUAUUAUCGCUUUUUUUCUAAAUGUUAAUAUUGUCGUAUAAACAAAAGGUGCCCAACGAAAUGGGUUCCCUCAACCCCCUCCGGGGCUACCAGGGCGAGGACAUAGAGAUCCAACUCCCGGGCAAGCUCACCGCGUACGACAUAGACUGGCUUGCGGUCUGGUGCGUGGAGUACAGACAUAACUUCGGACAUGUGUACAUACCGAAGGACCUGGACGUGCCCCCGGCGUUGGGGCAGACGAAGAUCACUCCCGCUUGGUGGUACAAUCCGACUAGCUCAACAACAUCUCAGACACCCUACAGUGCAUCUAACAAUUGUAAGGAAAUUCUAGACAAAAGGCUGCAAAUCCGGUGGGAAAUACAGGGAGAGCAAGUCCGAAUAAGCCUAUCGGCACGUCUCCGCAAAGAACAGUACAUGGCGUUUGGCAUUUCCGGCGCUGAGGGGAGACCGGCCAUGUUAGGGGCGGAUGUCGUAGUUGCUUAUUGGGAUACUAAAACAAACCAACCUCGUGUAGCCGAUUAUACAAUAACACAUUUAGCGCAGUGUGACGGUGAGAGAGGCGUCUGCCCUGACGCUAGGCUCGGCGGGAGCAACGAUGUCACUUUGGUAUCCGGCCAACAGAAGAACGGUGUAACAACGAUCACAUACCGCCGACCGCUCGCCGCUAAGGAGCCGAUGAAAGACAAGGAGGUCCUAACAUCUCGCUCUCAGUCCGUCAUCGCGGCUUUUGGUCCUCUCAACUCGAGAUAUGAGGCAAAUGCUCAUUCCUUCAUGGACACUACGAGGAAUGAUGUGCAACUUGAUUUUGGAGCUUUGAACGACAACACGUGCAUCGGUCUGGCGGAGCUGGAGGCGGGCGGGCCGGCGCCGUGGCGCGCGCGCGUGCUCGCCGGCCUGACCAACUUCACCGCGCGCAUCGGGCCCGCGGGCGGCCGCCGCGGCUACACGCCCGUCACCGACAAUGAAAUUACAAAUGGAUUCCUACCGUAUGGACAUCCAUCUUGGGGCAUCGCGUGGUACAUAAACGAUCAGCUGAUACCCGAGAUAUACGUGGAGCGAGGCAAGACGUACACCUUCCUGGUGGAAGGGGGGGACGACCGCACCAAUCCAGCUAAAUUCCACCCGUUCUAUAUAAGCGACUCGUCGGAGGGCGGCUUCGGGCAGAAGAGGGAAGAGGAUCAAAGAAAGCAGCGCGUGUUCGCCGGAGUCGCUUACGAUAAUGAGGGAUAUCCUUACCCUACCGCUGUGGGCCGCUACUGCGAGUGGACGCACAAGACGACCGACCAGUCGGCCGUGUCGGAGACGUUCGAGGAGUACAUGCAGACGCUGCAGCUCGAGUGCAACGAGGGCGAGCCCGCCGCGCUGCAGUGGACCGUGGCGCACGAGACGCCCGACCUCGUCUACUAUCAGUGUUACACGCACAACAAUCUCGGUUGGAAGAUCCACGUCGUCGACCCCGGUACACCGAUCCCUCUCCCGGGACAGAGCGCAAGCUCACAAAACGCGCCAUUUCUAACGCUGUCAAUUAUUGCGCCAAUUUUGACAGCUGUCACACACGCACAGAUAAGAUAAAGCGUUCCGAUACUCGUACCGAGCUCUGGUGGGGUUGCCGUGUUUAACACCAAUGAGCGCGAAAAGGGAGUUAUAUGAAUAAAAAAUAAUGUUAUUUAAUUAAGAUUGUGUCCGUAAACGACUGAGACCAGAGCUCGUUUCCUAUUGUACAGUUAUGAAAGGGUAUUAAUGUCAAUAUACAAAAUAUCAAUUUCAUAUCAAAACAUUUAAAAGCGCAUUUGAGCAUCUAUCUUUAAAUUUUAGACUUAUUUGAAGUUUGUAGAUCUAUUUAGAGAUUUUAUUCAUAGCGUAAGACAUAAAUAAGAAACGAAUUGCAUUAUUGCUUUCUCUCUCUAGUUGCAUACGAGUGAUAGAGACGAAUAAUUAAACGAAGACAAUAAUAAAUCAUUAUACUAUUUAAUAAAAAUUGCAACAUUUUCUUUAGGAUUUUAUCAAUUGUUGAAUAAUUAUAUGGAAUUGAUUCCGAUAUGAUAAUGAAUAAACGUUCUGAAAUUAUAUUAAACUAUGUAAUAUUGACAAUAAUAGAUAAAAAAAAUUACUCUUAAAUUAAGUGCGGGAGUGCUUGACAAUAAUAUAACUUUACUGUUAUAGAAUAUAGAAAUGUUUUCGAAUUUUUAUCUACGUACUUUAUUAUGUUGGAAUAAUUAACUUAUGACUGUUGUAAUUUUGACAAUAAACUCUGUAAUUAAGACAAUAAUAAAUUUUAAUUAUAUUAUAAAUAUAUAUUUCUCAUUAGAGAACGUGAAGAUAGAUAACUUAAUUGAAUAUUAUAUUUAAAGCGCAUAGAAUGCAUAUAAUAUGAUAUAGAUAUUCAUACUUUUUAGAAUGUGUUUGAUACUAUUAUUAUAAUUAUAUAUAAAUAUACAAUAUUAUAUGCCUACAAAAAGAUAACAAUCAAAUAUGUUACUUAAUGAGAAAUAACGGUGUAUCUUUUUUUAUCGUAUUAUUUAAAUUGUGUGGAUUUUUGAUAAUAAUGUUAAAUUGUCCGAGAUGUUCAAAAAAUAAUAAAUAAUUUUAUAGUCAAUGAAUAUUAUAUUCAAUAUAAAUUACGCACAACCGGAUAUAUAAUGUGUAUCGUAUAAUUUCUGUUCAUAUAUGUUAUAUUCCUUAGUUAAUAGUGUUUUAUAUUAAUUUCGAAUGAAAAAGUAUAAACAUUUUAAUG